AUGAACCAUUAUAAUGAAUUCAACAAACGACUUCAAGGUAACGGUCAUACAAUUUUAAAAUUAUUUGAAGAAUGGAAGAGUUUUUGCUCAAAAAUAGUUUUAUUUGAAACAGAUGUAAAAACUCGUAAGUUUAACUAUUUCUUACAUCUUAAAAGUCAAGAAGAAAAAGGCACUAUUGAUGAUUCCGACGUAAAGACAUUUGAGUCUUAUAUUAAUAGCAUGAAAGACGAAUUUGAAAAUAGAUUUCAAACUUUGAAAACGCACGGCCCAAUGUUUACGUUUAUAACGAAGCCGGAUGUAGUUGAUGAAACUAUUUUAGAAUUACAAUAUUUUGAGUUCCUCGAAAUCACCAAUUUCAGCUUAGAACUGAUUGAUUUGAAAUGUUUCACUUUAUGGACUGAUAAAUUUGAAACUUUACGUCGCGAUUUAGAAAAAACUGAAGACAAUCAUCUUGAUAUAAUAUCCACAUGCUGGGCAUCUCUUCCAACAAAGUUUACAUGCCUAAAAAAAGUUGCAUUUGCUCUUUUAUCUGCAUUUGGAUCAAGUUAUAAUUGUGAACAAACAUUUUCACAAAUGAAGUAUAUAUUAAAUAAAAACAGGAGUAGUUUGACUACGGAGAAUUCUGAUGAAUGUGUCCGACUUAAGGUAUCAACAUAUGAACCAAACUUGUCCAAAUUAACUGCAACAGCACAGCAUCAUGGAAGUCACUGA